AUGGCGAAAAAGGCUAAAGCUUCUUCACCCUCUGCUUCCGCCUCCACUUCCUCCGGCAACCUAGUGUUGAGGGGAAUUAAGAGAUCCGUGCGGCAGACUAAGUCAAGAGAGAUAACCAAAGCAAAGCAAAGAAAGAACAAACAUAAGAUUGAUGCUAAGAAGCCCAAGAAACCCCCCACUGCUUUCUUCUACUUCUUGGAGGAUUUUCGGAAAGACUUUCAAGAGCAGAACCCAGAUGUAAAGUCAAUGCGUGAUGUUGGCAAGGCAUGUGGAGAUAAGUGGAAAACAAUGACUUAUGAGGAGAAGGUUCAAUACUAUGAUAUAGCAACGGAAAAACGUGCAGAAUUUGAUAGAGCAACAACAGAGUAUAACAAGAAAAUGGAAAGCGGUGAUUAUGAAGAAACUGAUGAGGAGUCAGAGUAUGACGAGUAA